AUGUUGGCUUUAGCAAAUAAGAAAGCUAAUACUUGCGGUGACAAAUCAGGAAUCGUACUUCCCCCAAACACCGCCGCCGCAGUUUAUAUCUCCCUACCGACCGCAAACGCAAACACAGGACCGAAUUUCAAGUUCCUAGGCGGAAUUGGACCUGGCAAGGAGAGCGCUAUAUUCAAGGUCUCCGGUCUCACUUCCGCUACUAAUGGAGCAGGAGAAGUGGACAUGGAUGCCCCCUUGGCCGGCACUGGCGGGGCCGAAAUCACAAUCGGCAUAUCUGUCGAAACUGCAGACUCGGUAUCUGCGCAGAUGGCUGCAUUAUCCACAAAUACAGGCGUGGCAGGAGCAGGAGGGGAGCAGAGUGCUGCGUUGGUUCUGGCGAAAGCGCCCCAGCAGAGACCGGAUACCCUUGUGCUCGCGCAGAGGAUCAUCAAGAACGCGUUCAAUUUUCUGGCGAGCUUUAGUGGGAACGUAGCCGGUGGCAUUGAGGUUGUUCCGCUGAAGGCUUUUGAGGAGUGGUGGAAGAAGUUUGAGGGGAGGCUGAGGAGUGAUCCAGAGUUCUUGGAGAGGGAUGUUGGGGAUUGA